UAUUUAAAUUUAAUGAAAAAUAAAAUAGAUCUAAGAGCUUCCCUUCAUAUUUUUUGUAAGUUAUUUUAAUACAAUUAUUUUUAGUUUUUAUAUUCUGCUUGAUAAUAAGAGAGUACCUUAAAAAAUUACUCUAAUAUAAAUCCUAAUCUUAAUUAAUACGUUUACAAGGUUUCUCUGGUGAAGAAAAUUCGAAUGAUAAGUAAAUGUUAGUGUUUCAGCUGUUGUGUCAAUAUAAUUUGUUUAUUGCAUUUUAUAUUAUAAAGAUUCAAAGUGCUAUCUAAAUUCUGAUGCUGUCUUAUAAAAAAUUGAAUAAAGGAAAUAAUAAUCACAAUAAAAUUAAAUAUAGAUUUAACCACUUAAUUAAAAAAAUAAAAUAAGAAUAAAAUUUAUGUAAAUUAAAUGGUAUGAGGAUAAACUUCAUUAAGCAUGA